GAUGAACGUUGGUUCAUGAUGGAAAGAAACAGUAACUGUGUACUUAAACACCACACGUGUGUAUCCGAGUGUCUCUUCCUGCUGCCGUAAUGAACACUUUGUAUUUUCCACGAGAUGAAAGGCGCUCCGAAAAAUGAAUAAAUCAUGCACUAAAUGUACCGGGUGGGUGUAAAACACGGUGUUUAUUAGCGUCACGGCUGAAGCGGGCGGCCCUUCAUGAGAGCGCGCGCGCAAGCAGGCCGAGGCUCGCGCACCUGCACCAGGUAGGAGGGGCGUCGCACCUUCCGCACGCCACGCGCUCCGGGAGACCAGGACGAGGACGAGGAGGAGGAAGCAGCAUGGCGUCCGAGAGCUUCGGGUCCGAGGAGGAGGAGCAGCAGCAGCAGCAGCAGCGGCGGCGGCGCGCGGACAGACGGGUGCGAGCGCUGAGCGGCCACCUGGAGGGGCGCGCGGAGCAGGCGCGCGACGGACCCCCCACGGAGCGCGAUACGGAGCUGCGGAGCCGCAGCGCAGUGCCGAGGAGGAGGCAGGAGGUGAUGAAGUGGAACGGCUGGGGCUACAGUGACUCUCGCUUCUUCUUCAACAAGAAAGGCCAGGCGGAACUGACCGGAAAAAGGUAUCGGCUCAGCGGCUCUCUCAUCCCCGGCUUGAAGGACUGGUUUGAAGGCACCUUCGGCGCCGACCUGAAGCACGAGAGCCCGGCUAAGGUGGCGCUGUGUGCCGGGGCCGUGCCUCCCCCGUCCCUCGGCGAGGCGUUUGUGGCGGGGCUGCAAGCCGCGGCGCUGCCCUUCUCAGUGGAGACCGAGGACCGCGCCUUCCGCUCCCACGGACACUGUUUACACGAGAUUUUCGCACUCCGCCGAGGGAAAGUGGGCCGUGUUCCUGACUUGGUCGUCUGGCCCGGUUGUCAUGACGACGUGGUGAAAAUCAUCAAACUGGCGUGUCAACACAACGUGUGCUUGAUACCUUAUGGAGGUGGGACAAGUGUGUCCAAUGCCCUGGAGUGCCCUGUGGAGGAACCCCGCGCCAUUGUGUCUGUGGAUACAUCGCAGAUGAACCGGAUAUUGUGGGUGGACGAGAAGAACCUGACGGUGCACGUGGAGGCGGGAAUUAUCGGGCAGGACCUGGAGAGACAUCUUGGAGAGCAGGGCUACUGCACAGGCCAUGAACCCGACUCAAUGGAGUUCAGCUCGCUGGGCGGCUGGGUGGCCACCAGGGCCUCGGGUAUGAAGAAGAACGUGUAUGGAAACAUCGAGGACCUGGUGGUCCACGUGAGGAUGGUGACCCCUCGCGGUGUGAUUGAGAAGAGCUGCCUGGGGCCACGUGUGUCCAUCGGGCCCGACGUCCACCACUUCGUCCUCGGCUCCGAGGGAACGCUUGGCGUGAUCACUGAGGUGACGCUGAAGAUCCGGCCGAUCCCAGCGUACCGCAAGUACGGCUCCGUGGUCUUUCCUGACUUUGAGCGGGGCGUGGCCUGUCUCAGGGAGGUGGCCAGACAGAGAUGUGCGCCAGCCUCCAUCCGGCUGAUGGACAACAAACAGUUUCAUUUUGGACAGGCGCUGAAGCCCCAGGUAUCCUCCAUAUUCACCUCUUUCUUGGACGGCUUGAAGAAGUUCUACAUCACCAAGGUCAAAGGGUUUGACCCACAGUGCCUCUGUGUGGCCACCCUACUAUUUGAAGGUGACCGGGAGCGAGUGCUGUGGCAUGAGAAACAGGUUUAUGACAUCGCUGCCAAGUUUGGGGGCCUGGCGGCAGGCGAGGACAACGGCCAGAGGGGCUACAUGUUGACCUUUGUCAUUGCGUACCUGCGGGACCUGGGCAUGGACUACUAUGUGAUCGGAGAGUCCUUCGAGACCUCGGUGCCUUGGGACAGGGUGCUGGACCUCUGCAGGAAUGUGAAGGAGCAGGUUGUGAGGGAGUGCAGGGAGAGAGGGGUCCAGUUUUCCCCCCUGUGCACCUGCAGAGUCACCCAGACGUACGAUGCAGGCGCCUGCGUCUACUUCUACUUUGCCUUCAACUACAGAGGCCUUGCAGACCCCAUCCACGUGUACGAGCAGGUGGAGCAAACUGCCAGGGCAGAGAUUCUCGCCAACGGAGGGAGCCUCUCGCACCACCACGGAGUGGGAAAGCUGCGCAAGCAGUGGAUGCGGGAAGCCGUUUCGGACGCGGGACUCGGCAUGCUGAGGUCCGUCAAGGAGUACGUGGACCCGGACAACAUCUUUGGCAACAGAAACCUGCUGUAACCCCCUGUGUACCGCAGUGCCUUUGGUUCCAGCGCUCAGCUUUUCAGAAUUAGAUUGUAUGUGUGUGUAGGUUCUCCAAACCCUUUGUGUUGUUAGGAUGUUUAAUUUCUGUUACAGCUGUCCACUUGUGGUCUGGUCCAUGUUUAGUUUUGUCACAUCCUGUGCCUUUAAGCACCAUCGGCUCUUGCACUUUACACUGUUCACGAGUCUGCGUUUCUAGCUGUGAUCGUGCGCCUCUGCAGUCCCAUGCGGAAAGUGUGCGUUACAACAUCUCUCGGCAAGGUGCACGUCUCCAUGAGGUUGUGCCACCAUUCUGCACUGCGCAGUUGGACAGUGGAUUGCUCGCUGCUGUGGGGUGUUUCCUGGACACAUACUCCUCACAUCCAGUUGUGUUUUUGUGAACGACGUGCUGUCACUUUGUCUGGACAAACCUGUACGCAAGAGGUGUGCGGCUGAGGUGUCCCAUCUCACCUGCGUCCAGCACGUAGAGGGUAGUCGCUGGUUAUGUAGUUUUGUGUGGCUGUCGUAUCUCAGCUCACGCCUCUCUCAAUGCCUAGCUGCUGCUGUCUCUCACAGGUGCAUUUCCCCACCACUGGUGCUCCUGUCUCCCGUCUCCCCUCUCAGCCCAACUGUCUACCCCUGCCCAGAGACUCUGUAGUAAUCGACCCAACAAGAUGCCGCUUUCCCUGGAGCGUUGGUGUACUUGUUGUGACAUGUUUCCUCCAGGUGGUGCCACAGUCCCCCACUACUGGCUACUGUCUUGUGUGUAAAGGGACUUGCAAUAAAUGGGUAA